GAUUUUGUUCUGUUUUUUGCGUGCGGGAUUUGAUCGUGUCAUGAUACCAAAGGUGAUAACAAGACUAUCGAAGCGUUCUCCCUUCAUUUCAGCUUUGGCUUUGAGCCGGUUGGACUGGUUGGACUCCCUCCUCUGUCCUACGCUCCAUCUUUCCCGGUCGUACUCAUCACCAACCAUGUCACUCCUCGAAAGUGCCAAAAAGGCGGCCGCUUUCCGGGCGGUGGACGAAUGUGUGAAGGACAAGGAUGUUGUUGGAGUUGGUAGUGGAUCCACUGUUGUUUAUGCUGUUGAGAGAUUGGCGGAACGCGUUCAGAAGGAGAAGCUUCAGCUGGUGUGCAUUCCAACAUCUUUUCAAGCUCGGCAGCUGAUUGUUGAAAACAAUCUUAUCUUGGGUGAUUUGGAUCGUUAUCCACAGCUUGAUGUUGCGAUUGAUGGCGCAGAUGAGCUUGAUAACAAAUUUACUGCUAUCAAAGGAGGCGGUGGCUGUCUCACCCAAGAAAAGAUUGUUGCUUCUUGUGCUAAAAGAUUCAUAAUUAUAGCAGACUACACAAAAGAUUCACAAACAUUGGGUGAACAGUACAAAAAGGGAGUUCCUAUUGAAGUAAUUCCCUUGUCAUAUGUGCCAGUCAUGCAAAGAAUCCAAACCCGUUUUGGAGGCAAAGUACAACUUCGCAUGGCCAAGUCAAAGGCUGGCCCUGUAGUAACUGACAAUGGAAACUUCAUUUUGGACUGGCUUUUCCCAGAAAGCAAAUUUGAUUGGGACAGUGUUAAUACACAGUUAAACUUGAUGCCAGGUGUUGUUGAAACUGGCCUUUUUGUUAACAUGGCUGAGAAGGCGUACUUUGGUUACUCUGAUGGGUCUGUGAAAGAGAAGGCAGCGGAAAAGAAGUGAGAGGAGUUACAUAUGAGUUUA